UCCAAUGUUUUUAGAGCCAUUUUGAAAUCAAAAUGCGGGGAGUAGUGGCAUUAUGGUGGCUGGGUGGCACAGAAUGGGAUAUGAAUUUGAGGAAGGCUCUCUCAUCUCCAAGCAAUCGGAGAAUGUAAUCCACAAAUUGCAUGACACUGUUGAAAAUGCAAACACAUCCAACAAGUACAUACUAUUUGGUGCUGGCUCGACUCAGCUUCUUAAUGCGGCGGUGUACGCUCUGUCCCACACCGCCAAUUCAUCUUUAUCUUCAUCACUUGCCAAAGUUGUUGCUUCCGCUCCUUACUACCCAAUUUACAAAUCGCAAACAGAGCUUUUGGAUUCGAAGAAAUACAAGUUUAGUGGCGAUACAUCCUCGUGGAAAAACAAAACAAGGAGUACCAACUUCAUUGAGUUUGUGACUUGCCCAAACAAUCCGGAUCGGCAACUAAACAAUGCAGUCCGUCAAGGAAAACUUGCAAAGCAUGUUUAUGAUUUAGCUUACUAUUGGCCACAUUACAUUCCAAUUCCAACUCGUAUGGAUAAAAACCUCAUGUUAUUUACACUUUCUAAGCUCACUGGUCAUGCCGGUAGCUGAUUUGGGUAACACCUUUAAAUUUAUCACGCAUGUUUGUGUUUUAAUAAUUACUAUAGUAAGUACGUAACCAAUGGCUUUAAUUAAUUUUCUCUUAUAUAUAGAUGGGCCAUAGUCAAAGACAAAGCUGUCUAUGAAAGGAUGGUGGAAUACAUAAAUUUAAACACGUAUGGUGUUUCACGUGAGACACAGUUGGGAGCUUUGAAACUCUUAAAUGUUGUGCUACAAGGAGAUGGAAGAAAAAUGUUUUGAUUUGCACAUACA